AUGUGGAACAAACAGUAUGAUUUACAGAUACUCAAGUAUUUUGGUUUGAAGACAAGGGGUGUGAAGAAUCUGAUCAUUAAAGAAGUCUUUUUCCAGCUAUCAGAACAGGGGAAAUUACUACUCUGCUGUGAUGGAGCCUCUAGAGGGAACCCAGGAUGUGCUGGUUAUGGGAUAAUGGGAAGAAUUAACACUGAAGAGUUUUUAAUUGCUAUUUCAGGUGGUCUGGGCAUUUCUACCAACUAUUAUGUAGAAAUGUUUGCAAUCUUAAUGGCAGGAGAAUGGGAAAUUCAUCAUGGAUUCAAUGACCUUGUCUUCAGAACAGACUCCAAAGCUGCCAUAAGUGCUUUCCAGAGUAAUAAACUUCCAUGGUUUGCAGUCACAAGAUGGGAAAAGAUCUGUGCAGCUGUAUUUGCUUGGAGUUUCAAACAUAGUUACAGAGAAGUCAGCUUGUCUGCAGAUACAAUGGCAAAGAGGGGUGCAAUGUUAAGAAGAGGAGAACAGAGAAUUUUUGAAAGUAAACCAUCAUUUCUGAGAUGUCUAGAAAAUCCAGAUCAAGUGUAUUUUAGAGUUUGUUAG